UUGCAGAUGGAAGCUCUCUACGCCAAGCUCUACGACAAAUACACCAAACUCAAGAAGAAGAAAUUUUCCGAAAUCGAUGAGGUUAAUAGGGAACAAGAAGAGAAGUUCCUCCACUUUGUUUCUGUCUUGGUCCACAGAUUUUCCAGGGACGAGGAGCGUCUUGAGUUUCAGCAGUGUCUUGUAGAAGAAGAACGAAAGGUCAAAGCACUUUCCGAGGAAGUUAGCAAGCUAAAAGAGCUGAUCCAAGAGGGAGUUCCUCACAACUACAAAGAUCAAAGUGGAAAAAAACAUGAGAGAAAGACUCCUGAAUCUGCUCAAGUUACAACGAGAAGUAUGAGAAAACGUAGCAGACAGUCAGAAGAUGUGGCAGAAGCGGACAUGGUAUCACCUCACAGUAGCAAACGUCAUAAAUCAACGGAAACUCUCUUGGUUUCUCAACCACAAUGCUGCAAAACAACCUACGAUGGAUCAAGUGAUUCUGCUAGCUGUACAUUUCAAGCCCUUGGCGAACACUUGCUAGGAAUGAAAUUAACAACUAACAAUGAAGGCGAACAAGGCUGCAUUAUAGCCUCGCAUCCAUCAAGCGGUUUAUCAUUCAGCUUAACUAUGGUAAAUAACUCAGCUGGUGAAGAAUCUGAGCUGCUCUACAAGGUUGUAUCGCUGGGGACACUUGAGAGAGUGGCGCCGAAAUGGAUGAGAGACGAUAUAAUGUUCAGCACACAUAUGUGUCCUCACUUCUUCGAAAGAGUCUCUCGAGUCAUUAAGGUCCAGCAUUGA